AUGCAGAAUACGGGAGUACUCCUCAUUUUGAUGGAUUCAUUGCGACAAGCCUUUGCUCGCACUGCUCUGAGCGUUGCGGAUUAUGUCGUACCAGUUUUGCGCACUUCAAGGUUCAAAGAAACAGGAGUUAUCACGCCAGAUGAAUUUAUCGCCGCUGGUGACUUCCUUGUUCAUCACUGUCCAACUUGGCAAUGGUCGUCAGGCGACAAGCCGCCAAGAAGCUAUCUCCCGGCUAGAAAGCAAUAUCUGGUUACGCGUAAUGUCCCGUGCUACAAGCGCAUCAGCCAGAUUGAUAACCAUGACGAGGAACUUGAAAAAGUAGUGGAGGAUGACGAAUUCGGCGAAGGCUGGGUCGACACACACCAUUACGCCACGACAUGUGCCGACAGCCCUCCAGAAAUGAUGAUUCCCUCUUAUGAAGUUUCGAACAUAGCGAACAGGCUUGGGUUGUGUGAAGACACACCGAACACAUUGGGAGAGGAUGAUGACGAGGACGAAGAGGCCGAGGAUAUGGAUGCAUUUGUUCAAGAUAACAUGUUGGAUGCGAUUGAUCCCGUUGCGGCCACACCCACGAAACCACUCAGUCCUCCAAGGUCAACCAAAGAUAGAAUUAUCGAAACACGAACAUAUGAUCUGUACAUAACUUACGACAAGUAUUACCAAACGUCUCGUUUGUGGCUCUAUGGAUAUAGUGAAGACAUGACCCCCCUGACUGAAGAGCAGAUGUAUGAGGAUUUCAGUCAGGAUCACGCUAAAAAGACAGUAACCAUGGAGCAACACCCCCAUCUUUCUGGACCUCCAAUGCCAUCGAUCCAUCCUUGUCGGCAGGCAGAUGUAAUGCGCAAGUUAAUUGAGACUAUGGCCGAUUGCGGAGCUGAACUGGCCGUUCAUCAGUACAUUAUGGUGUUCCUCAAAUUCGUUCAGGCCGUCAUUCCAACCAUCGAGUACGACUAUACUCGAAAUUUCUCCAUGUCUUAG